UCUUUUGAAUAACAACAAGAGUGAUCGACAGAGCCUUAUAUGUCAAGUUUUUACACAUAUCUUCUACAAAUGCCUCAAUUGGACAUUUCUUUUCUAUAACAGCAAAUCGGUGCACCACAGCUCCGCAUCAGCACAGGUUUCACACAGCACACUCCUUCUGCCGCCAGCGCCGGGUAGUGGUAGCAACAGAAAAUAACGGAAAAAAGAGGCUUCCCAUAAAGCAACAGAAAAUAACGGAAAAAAGAGGCUUCCCAUAACAGAUAUGUCGGGGACCCCCACUAUCACGACGGCGAUCAGUACCGCUACGACAACGACGUUAAGGACGCGUAAAGCGAACGCCUCUCAAACAAAACGCAAGCCACUCACCGCCCUCGACGUGCCUGAAGACAUGAGCCCGCAGCUUGUCCGCAUCGCAUCCUCAUUACGGACAGCUUUUGAGAAGAGGGUAUGGACGGCCCUCUGCCAAGUGCCGAGGGGCCAGGUGACUACGUACGCGGCGCUCGCGGCUCACCUUGGCUCGUCCCCGCGAGCGGUGGGCAACGCGUUGCGCCGCAACCCGUUCGCUCCGCAGGUCCCCUGCCAUCGGGUGGUGGCGACGGGUGGGGCGCUGGGGGGCUUCAAAGGUAAAUGGCCGCGGGACGGGGAAGGGAUCACGCUGGACGAAAAGAGGGCUCUGUUACGGCGGGAGGGGGUGAGGUUUGACGAUGCGGGGAGAGUGGUCGGGUCGCCUUUUGUUGCGUUUAGGUGAUCGGUUCUGUCUUCAUUACGCUCUGGAUGGUGCAUGAGGUUUAACAGGAGUAUUUGUCUCUGCGUUUCUACUUGGUACCAUGCUGGGUUGAAAAUAUCUGCAGGGUUAUCACUCACCCCUUCAGGUAUUAUUGUUGUUAUAGGCAUUCCUUCCUUCGCUAAUACCUCGUACAUAGUAUGUCAGAAAACUUGCCAAGAGUCCUACCCUGGCAUGAUGCCCCGG